AUCCCUCAGGCCAGUUCAGCUCAGCUCUCCUGGCCAUGCUCCCUCCUGGCUUCUCUGGAACCUUGCUGGCAGAGCAUGGGAAACUGGAAAGGCCUUGAUUUAGGUGUAUUCGAAUCCCAGAGUCCCCUGCAGCAAGAGAGAACUUUCAGCAAAAUCUCAGCAGCUGUUCUUGCCUCGGGCUGAGGAGUGGAUCAGAGAAGAGGGCGGGAUGUCGGAGCUGAGUGACGAAGCCAGCGAGUCGGAGCUGCUGAGCCGCAGUCUGUCCAUGUGGCACGGGGUCGGGAUGAUCUGUCGGGAAGAGCUGGAUGUCCCUCUGGACUUGCACACAGCCUCCUCUGUUGGGCAGUAUGAAGUGGUGCAGGAGUGUAUUCAGCGUGGAGACCUGGAUUUAAACCAGAGGAACCAUGGGGGCUGGACUCCACUCAUGUAUGCCUCCUACAUUGGCCAUGACAACAUCGUGCACCUGCUGCUGGAAGCAGGAGUGAACGUGAACAUCCCAACCCCGGAGGGCCAGACCCCACUCAUGCUGGCCUCCAGCUGUGGGAACGAGAGCGUGGCUUACUUCCUUCUGCAGCAAGGUGCAGAGCUGGAGAUGAAGGACAUCCAUGGCUGGACUGCCUUGUUCCACUGCACCAGUGCUGGGCACCAGCAGAUGGUCAAGUUCUUACUGGAGAAUGGGGCAAACGCCAACUGCAAGGAGCCAGUGUAUGGAUAUACACCUCUGAUGGAAGCAGCUGCUUCUGGCCAUGAGAUAAUUGUUCAGUACCUUCUCAAUCAUGGAGUGAAGGCAGAUGUCAGAGAUAACACUGGAGCCACAGCACGGACACUGGCCAUGAAGUAUGGACAUCCAAAGAUUGUGGGACUGAUAGAUUUGCAUGCAGCCCCAGUGCCCAAGGUCUUCUGCAGGGGUCCAGGAAAAUAUGAAGAGCUGAGUUCCUCAGAUGAAUCAUGUUCUACUCCCCAGAGACAGAGACCUGCUCGUAGGAUGAAGGGUCCCAGCAUCCAUGAUGGGCCCCAGGCUUUGGCAAAGAUCACAGCAGUUGGGAUCGGGUGCAAGAAGCUGUCUUGCUAUGAGCAGGUCCCCCCUCAGGGCUACGUGACCUUCAGUGACGAUGGCAGCUGCGAAGGAGGUGACAUCCGGAACCGGGACGUCACCUCUCCGAUCAACGAGCAGGAUGUGGAGAGCAGCAGCAGCCGGGAGGAUAAUGUUUUCUCCAACAACAACUUGGGAACCAUCAGGAGCAGCAGCAGCAGCAGCGAAUGCCUGACCAGAGCCCUGGGAGUCAGCAGUGAAGGCUCCUUGGAAAGCAAUGAGGACUCUGACCAUGCAAACAGUCCCCCAAGUCGGAAACAAGCCAAGAGCUUUAAGGUCAAGAACCGCUAUAGCAACAGUGACAGCCAGUGGAGCCACUGCUCAGGGAAGGCUGGGGGCUCUGCUCAGCACGUGGUCCUUCCUGAGCCCCCUGCCUACACAGGGCCCCAGGACCUGGCAACAUUCCUUGAGCAGAUUGGGUGCCUGAAGUAUCUGCAAGUGUUUGAGGAGCAAGAUGUUGACCUGCGGAUCUUCCUGACCCUCACAGAGAGUGAUCUGAAGGAAAUAGGCAUCACGCUGUUUGGACCCAAGAGGAAGAUGACCUCUGCCAUCGCCCGGUGGCACAGCAGCGCUCGGCCGCCCAGCGAUGCCCUGGAGCUGGCCUACGCCGAUCGGCUGGAGGCCGAGAUGCAGGAACUGGCCAUUCAGCUGCACAAGAGGUGUGAAGAGGUGGAGGUGAUGAAGGGCCAGGUGUGCCAGGAGCAGAAGCUGCGUGCAGUGGCUGAGAGCUGCUUGAUGGAGCGGGAUGAGACCUGGAAUGCCAUCCAGUGCCAGCUCAGAGAGGCUCAGGCCAUGACCAAGGAUGCUGGAGUGCUGCUGGAUCAGAUCAAGAGCUGUCAGGCAGAGCUGUCCUCCCGGCUCGCCCCGGAGCGGGCGGGCAGCGCAGUGCCCGACACCGGAGAGAGUCGGCGGCCCGGCGAGCGCCCAGUGCUGGAAGGGUGGCCACCUUCCCUGAAGUCCCUGAGCUUGCCUGAGCUGUCAGCUGUGCUGGAGGAAUGUGUGGAAGAGAUGGGAAAAGCUCUGCAGACUGUGACUCAAAACCUCCAAAGGCUCCAAGCCCCGGGGCAGAGCGAGCCGAGCUGGCUGGAGCCAUAACAAAGCAGGAGGGAACACCGACGUCGGGUGACUGUUCCACCCGGAAGCUGAAGGAGCGCGGGAGCUGUGCCAGGAGCACGGGAGCUGUGCCAGCACCGCGGCUCUGCCGGGCACCACCACGGCCAGGGGGCCUGGCAGGAGGGCUGGGCCACCAGAGAACACACGUGGGAGGACAAGGGGCAGCAGAAGACGACAGCCAGCAGCAUCCUGGGCCUGAGUGCUGCCUGGGUUCCCAGGAUCCUUGUUCAUGCUGGAAGGUUUGGGUUAGGAGGAGAAGCUCUGAGCUCAGAGAUUUUACCUGCCUUAAGAUUCCUGCAGCCCUUGUUGUUCAGGUCUGUGUGGUGUUAGAAAGUUGGCAGUUACACACAGCAAUCAAUUAAUUAUCCUUUUAUGCAUCCCAACCUCCUCACCAUCUCUGAAACGUGUCCUUGGCUCCUCCCGUGCCACGUAGAUUGGCACAGAGGAUGUAUCUGAGGCCAUAAGGAAGACAGGUUGUUGUGGAGGGGUGAAGUUUGUAAAGUUUGGCUCUUUGAGCUGCAGUGAAGCUCUGUUCCUAGUUGGAAUGUCUGCUCUAUUGCCAUCCCAGAUCUGGGCUUCAAAACCUCUUCCUUCAGCCAGCCCACCCUGGUUCUCUUCAGAUUCUUGCCCUCCUCGGGGGUUGUUUGGGAUCACAUGUUGUAGUUUAGGAAUGGAAUUCCCCAAUUUACUGCUCCCCCUGAAACACUCCCAACCAUGGUCAUUCCCUCCCCCUGUGGUGGGAUGGAGAAGAGAACUGGAGGCACAAAGGGUACAGAUCAAGAGUUGAGAUAAGAACAAUUUACUGGGAACAGCAAUGAGAUAAGAAAACAAAUAGUAACAGCAACAAUAUUAACAACAGAUGGUACAAGAGAGGUGAACAAUUCUUACCCCCCUGACUAAAAGGCACCCCUUUCCCCCAGCCCCUCUGUGUGGCAGGAGGUAGUAGAGAAUAACUUCCUGGUCCUGGUCAUGCCCCUCCUGGCUACUCUAAAAAUUAACCCUGUCCUGGUUAUUCCAUCCCCAAAAGCCUGUUUUUGUGGUAAAUGCUUUGUAGCCACUUUGCAGCAGAGGUUUGUCCAUGCCAAGAUCCCAGCACUGGCAGUGGCUGCAAGGCAGAUGUUCCCCUGGAAGUGCAUGAGAGAGAAGGAAGAGUUUGGACUGUUGAGCUUCCCAUGCCUGUGGCAAACAGCAGAAUGCCAGGGCAGCAGAGCAGGAACUGAGGGAUGGCUCUGUCCCCCAUGGGAGAUGGGCACAAGAAACCACAUCCCAGAUGGAGCUGUGGUGCAAAGCUUUGGUCCUCACCACUGCCUGCCCUUCAUUGAAAUAGUU